AUGUCACUGAGCUCAGCUGCAACGCUGCUCAAGUAUGUCGCCGGAACAGCAGCGACUGGGUCCGUCCUCGUCGCUGGCGGAUUAUGGUAUUUCCAGCGACAUCUGAUAUACCCCUCCAACCUGCCAUCUGGGUCACGCACAGAUGUGCCCACUCCCGCGCAGAUCGGAUUGCCCUACGAAGAUAUCACCCUCACGACGAACGAUCACCUCAAGCUCCACGCGUACCUCAUUCCCGCUCGUCGUAGACCCGUGACACUACAAGAUCUACAGUCGCUCAGUAAUGAGGACAGGAAGGCGAGAAUGAAGGCGGAGGUGGAUGGUUGGGUGGAAGAAAUGGGGAAGGAGGAUGCGGUGGAGUAUAUCAAGAGCAGACCGACGGUCGUGUUCUUCCAUGCGAAUGCUGGUAAUAUGGGACACCGACUACCGCUCGCGAGAAAGUUCAACGUUGAGCAUGGGUGUAAUGUCUUUAUGCUCAGUUACAGGGGGUAUGGGAAGUCAGAGGGCCAUGCGUCAGAGCUGGGGAUGCGGAUAGAUGUGGAGGCGGCUCUGCAGUACAUCCAGGCGCAUCCGCUCAUUGGCAAGACAAAGUUGAUCGUGUACGGUCAAUCAAUCGGCGGAGCUGUGUCUCUUUAUGCGGCAGCGAGUCACCCAGACAUGAUCUCCGGUAUCAUCAUCGAAAAUACCUUUCUCUCUCUUCCCCUUCUCAUUCCAUCCAUAAUGCCCCAGAUCCCCCGCUUCCUCCUCCCCAUCCUCCUCACUGAACAAUGGGACGCCGCGCUUUCACUACCAAAGAUACGCAAAUCCACGCCGAUACUCAUGCUCAGCGGGAAGAAGGACGAGCUUGUGCCUCCUUCGCAUAUGGUGGAACUCCGGCGAAUUAGGGAGGGCGGGAGGGUCCAAGAGGCCUCUUGGCAAGAGGAGGGUCAGGCAGCAAACGCGGCCAGGGAGAAGAAAGAUCUAGGUGGGAAAGUCAGAUGGAGAGAGUUCCCGAGUGGGACGCAUAAUGAUACGUGCCUGAUACCGGGGUAUUGGAAGGAGAUUGGGGAGUGGAUCAGGGAGGAGGUGGAGGGGUUGCCGGUGGAGAAGGGGGAGUAG